GUUAAAAACUCAGCGCCGGCCUCUUAAAGCAGAACAGGAAGGCUUGAAAGACCACAAAGCAGAUUGUUCUCAUGAAAAACUUCUCUCUGUCUGCAAAGACACUGAUCUUUGUUCAACAUGAAGGCAGAAUCCAUGGAGCUGACUGGGACUCAUAAACCCAAGGUUUACCUGUCCACAGAUGGCAGGACUCCAUCCAGCAAACGGUGUCUGUCCACGGUAGCGAUCUGCUGGGUGAUACUGGUAAUAAUCACUGGUCUGCGCAUCUACUAUACUUUUCUUCUUUCUGCUAAGUUGAAGGACGCCGAGGAUGUAAAUCAGCAUCUUAGUGAAAAAGCCCAGAUACUGCAAUCAGAUUUAUGGCGACUGCAAGAGCAAGAAGCUGCUACAAAGGACUGGAGAGAUCCCCGCUUUGAGUGGACCGAAACAACAAUGUCUGAAGCACAACCUUACUACACCACACCACAUCCUUACUACGGCAGACGUCCCUACUACUACGCCACACCGACUCCAUACUAUGGCAGACGUCCAUACUAUGGCAGACGUCCCUACUACUAUGCUACACCGACUCCAUACUAUGGCAGACGUCCAUACUACUACGCCACACCGACUCCAUACUAUGGCAGACGUCCAUACUAUUAUGCCACACCAACUCCCUACUAUGGCAGACGUCCCUACUACUACGCUACACCACCUCCAUACUAUGGCAGACGUCCCUACUACUACGCCACACCGACUCCAUACUAUGGCAGACGUCCCUACUACUACGCCACACCGACUCCAUACUAUGGCAGACGUCCAUACUACUAUGCCACACCAACUCCCUACUAUGGCAGACGUCCAUACUAUGGCAGACGUCCCUACUACUACGCCACACCGACUCCAUACUAUGGCAGACGUCCAUACUAUGGCAGACAUCCCUACUACUACGCUACACCAACUCCAUACUAUGGCAGACGUCCCUACGACUACGCCACACCGACUCCAUACUAUGGCAGACGUCCAUACUAUGGCAGACGUCCCUACGACUACGCCACACCGACUCCAUACUAUGGCAGACGCCCCUACCACGCCACACCACGUCCCUUCUAUGCUACACUUCCAUACUACAACACCACUAAUGACGCCACAUCACAUUCCUAUAACACCACAUUGCAGCAAAUCUAAGUGGUUCUUUUAUUUCUUUCCCUUUAACUCCCUGUUUUACUCUUUCUGGGUCACCAAACUAAAUAAGGAGGAAACAUUGUGGUUUGGAAAUGUCUUAAGGUAGAACUGUACAAUGGUCACCCAUAACAUUUAGACCAAUAAAAUGUUGUUGUUGGAUCUGUUAUUCCAUCUGUUAAAGCGUUGGGUCAUCAACAGACCCAACGCUUUAGUUCUGACUUCCUUCAAACACAAUUCAAAUCAUUCCAGAUGCUUUUUUCAUUUUAUAACCAACCUUCUUCUUUGUUCCAGUUUCACAAAACAAAAAAUAAAGACAAACUGGGUAAUUAUUAUUAAUCUCUUUUAUAAGCAGCAACUGUUUAUGUCUAAUAAGCUCUUUCGUAAAAAAAUUCAGAACAAACAAAUUCCUUAUCGCAUUAAAGAUUUUUUGAUAUUUGAUGUUUGAGGCUUCUUAUAACAUCAUUCUAUGUUUUCAUUCAUUUCAAUGACUUUCUACUUCUACCCAUCUGACUAAAUGGUUUGAUUUGUCUUACUGGAAUUUAGAUGGAUGUUUCUGUUUACAUCCAUCUAAAGUCCAUGGUGGACUUUGCUUUUACAGCUCUGAAAUAUUACUGUAAAUGAAUAAAAUUAGAUUUUUAAAUACU